CAGGACAUAGUUGAAAAUGUGAAGGAAAUUGAAGAUGACAAUGAAGAUCUAUUAUAACAGAAUUUGUCUGAGCAUUAGUCCAAUUUGGUGCAUUUCAACCAACCGGUUGUCUUCUAUCGUGCUAGCAUGCAGAGGUACGUGGGCUAGCCGUAAACUACUGUGCAAAUUGCUUUGGGGUCUAAAUCAUACUCAAAUGACUACCACCAGCAACUAAACCCUAGAACUCCAUCAACACCAUCUUCAUCAUGGUUCUCCACCACCAGCGUCCACGUGAUGGCACUCGACGGCAUAGUGAACGUCAACUCCCUCUUCACUGACGCAGUCUUCAUUGGUCUUUCCCUUGCAUCAGACUCAUCAGACCAAAGCAGCACCCUAAAGAGCAAAUCAUCAUGCAGUACUGACAUUGAAGUGGCGAGAACCCUUCUCGUCUACAAGGUCUUCUCCUUCAGCUCCUUCCUCUUCUACUCACUCAUCGCUCACGGUCUCAAACUCGCCAUCAACCUCCUGAACAGCAGAGAGGUGGAAGAGGCCUUGAAGGCCAAGAUUAACGUUAACAUCCUGAAGUUUGGGAUGAUGGGAUCAGCGAUUGGGUCGGUGAUGGGAUGCUUGUUCUUGAUGCUUGCAAUGGUCAAUGUUGUGGAGAUGAAGUUGGGGUUAUUGUCUUGCGGAGGCAAAACAGCUUAUUCUGUGGCCACGUUGAUUAUCCUGGUGCCCAUUGGACUUUCGGGUUAUAUAUCCAUCGCUGUAUAUGCUUUUAUGCAUUAAGUCGAUCUUUUAUGCUUGUGGUUUUGGUACUUGUAAGUACAAUAUUAUCUUGUAUGUUUUUCACAGAUGGUGAUCUCUAGUCAUUUUCAAGGGAAGGGUUGUUUUUUUUUUUCUAUGCAAUGCUACAUUAAUCAAAUUUUAGAAUUAAAUUUGAAACUCAAAUGACAUAACAGC